AUGGCAGCGUCCUCAGCUGCGUUCCAGCCUCUUCUUGUCCGCCCGACCAACUCUCUUGUUGCGCCUAGAGCUACUCCUGACAUCAGCUCGGUUUCAUUGAAGGCGUCAAGCGCUGCUUCAGCAGGAGAUGAGAAGCCUAAGACUAACCUUGCCCUCUUGGCGGUCUACUUCAUCGCUUGGUACGCUCUCAAUGUGGGGUACAACAUCACCAACAAGCAAGUGCUCAACGUUUUCCCGUGCUAUGCUACCGUUGCCGCUGCUCAGCUCAUCGUCGCUUGGUUCUGGCUCCUUCCCCAGUGGGCCAUCGGGAUCCGCCCGGUUCCCAAGCCGUCGGAGUCCAACAUGAAGGCCCUCCAGAAGGUCUCUCUUCUCCAUGGGUUCGGGCAUCUCGUCACUGUCUUGUCGAUGGGCUUGGGGGCUGUCAGCUUCGUCCAUGUCGUCAAGGCUGCUGAGCCUGUCUUCGCCGCUGUGCUCAGUGCCAUAUUUGCCGGCUCCAUCAUGGCCUUUCCAGUGUAUCUUUCUCUCUUGCCAGUCUGUGCCGGUGUCGCCAUCGCUUCUGCUGGGGAGCUGUCCUUCACCUGGGCUUGCUUUGGAGCUGCCAUGAUGUCAAAUCUUCUGUUUGCUUCUCGUGCCGUCUUCUCGAAGAUGGCCAUGAGCGGGAAGGAUCAGGGCGAGAACAUGGAUUCAGCCAACACUUUCGCCGUCGUCACCAUGUUGGCCACUCUGAUCUGUGUCCCUGUGGCUGCUGUGCUUGAAGGCCCGAAGAUCAUGGGAGCCUGGAACGCUGCCCUGGCGGUGCCCGGCAUGACGCAGUUCAAGCUUGCCAGCACCCUUGCCUUGUCUGGCUGGUACCUCUACACCUACAACGAGUUCGCCUUCAAGGUCCUCGGCCUCGUCUCUCCCGUCGCUCAGGCCGUUGGCAACACUGUCAAGCGUGUCGUCAUCCUCAUCGCCACUGCCAUCGCCUUCGGCACUCCCAUGACUCCCAUCGGCAUCACUGGAUCCGCCAUCGCCAUGGCGGGAGUUCUCGUGUACUCGCUCGUGCAGCAGGCGUAUGCCAAGAAGUGA